CGAGACCCGGAGUUGGGCGGGACGAACUCAGAGCGCGCCUGCGCAUUGAGUUCUCUCGCCGAAGGAGCCGCAGUCUGGAGAGCGCCAAGGAGCGGUUGGAGUCUCUGGCCAGCCUCUCCCGCGAACCCGGGGCUGUACGGCCGCACCCCGCCGGGACGUCCGCCGGGCACGGGAGGGGGCCACCAUGCCGAUCAAUAAGUCUGAGAAGCCGGAAAGCUGCGAUAAUGUGAAGGUGGUGGUUAGGUGCCGGCCCCUGAAUGAGAGGGAGAGGUCCAUGUUCUACAAACAAGCUGUCAGCGUGGACGAGAUGAGGGGAACCAUCACGGUCCACAAGACUGAUUCUUCCAACGAGCCUCCAAAGACGUUCACUUUCGAUACUGUUUUUGGACCAGAAAGUAAACAGCUUGAUGUUUAUAACCUAACUGCCAGACCUAUUAUUGAUUCUGUUCUUGAAGGCUAUAAUGGGACUAUUUUUGCCUAUGGUCAAACUGGGACAGGCAAAACUUUUACCAUGGAAGGUGUUCGAGCUGUUCCUGAACUAAGAGGAAUUAUCCCCAAUUCAUUCGCUCACAUAUUUGGUCAUAUUGCAAAAGCAGAGGGUGAUACAAGAUUUUUGGUUCGAGUAUCAUAUUUAGAAAUAUAUAAUGAAGAAGUUCGUGACCUUUUGGGCAAGGACCAGACACAGAGGUUAGAGGUUAAAGAAAGACCUGAUGUGGGAGUUUAUAUCAAAGAUUUAUCAGCUUAUGUGGUAAAUAAUGCGGAUGAUAUGGAUAGAAUUAUGACGCUAGGCCACAAAAAUCGCUCUGUGGGCGCCACCAACAUGAAUGAGCACAGCUCACGCUCGCACGCCAUCUUCACCAUCACCAUCGAGUGCAGCGAGAAGGGCGUGGACGGGAACAUGCACGUGCGCAUGGGGAAGCUGCACCUCGUGGACCUGGCUGGCUCAGAAAGACAAGCAAAAACUGGAGCUACAGGACAGCGUCUAAAAGAAGCCACAAAAAUCAAUCUUUCACUUUCCACACUUGGUAACGUAAUUUCAGCCUUGGUUGAUGGAAAAAGCACUCACGUGCCCUAUCGGAACUCCAAGCUGACUCGUCUCCUUCAGGAUUCUUUAGGCGGAAACUCAAAAACCAUGAUGUGUGCAAAUAUUGGGCCAGCAGAUUACAAUUAUGAUGAAACUAUCAGUACAUUACGGUAUGCCAACCGUGCUAAGAAUAUUAAGAAUAAAGCUAGAAUUAAUGAAGAUCCAAAGGACGCCCUGCUUCGUCAGUUUCAGAAGGAGAUAGAAGAACUAAAGAAGAAACUUGAGGAAGGGGAAGAAAUAUCAGGCUCUGAUAUCAGUGGAUCAGAGGAGGAUGAUGAGGAAGAAGGAGAGGUUGGAGAGGACGGAGAGAAAAGGAAAAAGAGAAGGGGCAGUAGCAGCAGCAGUAGCUCAGACUCCACAUGCUCUGUCAUAGAGAAACCUCUGGAUAAGUUCUUGCCUAAUCAAGCAGGUAAAAAGAAAGUUUCCCCAGAUAAGAUGGUUGAAAUGCAAGCAAAAAUUGAUGAGGAGAGAAAAGCCCUUGAAACAAAACUUGAUAUGGAAGAAGAAGAAAGGAACAAAGCUAGAGCUGAGUUAGAGAAACGGGAAAAAGAUCUUCUCAAAGCCCAGCAGGAGCAUCAGUCUUUGCUGGAAAAACUGUCCGCUCUAGAGAAGAAGGUCAUUGUUGGUGGGGUGGAUUUGUUGGCCAAAGCUGAGGAACAAGAGAAACUUCUCGAGGAAUCCAACAUGGAACUGGAGGAAAGGAGGAAAAGGGCUGAGCAGCUCCGCAGAGAACUUGAGGAAAAGGAGCAAGAACGCUUAGAUAUUGAAGAAAAAUACACCAGUUUGCAAGAGGAAGCACAGGGAAAGACCAAAAAACUGAAGAAAGUUUGGACCAUGUUGAUGGCUGCCAAGUCAGAGACGGCCGAUCUCCAGCAAGAGCACCAGAGGGAAAUCGAAGGCCUCCUGGAGAACAUCCGGCAGCUGAGCCGGGAGCUCCGCCUGCAGAUGCUCAUCAUUGACAACUUCAUCCCGCAGGACUACCAGGAGAUGAUUGAAAACUACGUCCACUGGAAUGAAGACAUAGGAGAGUGGCAGCUAAAAUGUGUCGCCUAUACAGGAAAUAACAUGAGGAAGCAAACACCGGUACCUGACAAAAAGGAGAAAGAUCCCUUUGAAGUAGACCUGUCCCACGUGUACCUCGCCUACACGGAGGAGAGCCUGCGGCAGUCUCUGAUGAAGCUGGAGAGGCCCCGCACCGCCAAGGGGAAGGCCAGGCCGAAGACGGGGAGAAGAAAGCGUUCGGCAAAGCCUGAGACCGUAAUUGAUUCCUUACUUCAGUGAAUGUCACAAACGGAAAGUCGCAAUAAAAGUUGGCGGUGUUCUUAGGCUGGACAAAACCUUUCAUUAAAACACUGAAGACGUCUGUAAUUUCACACAAGUGGGAGCUGUAGAUCAUGGAGUGAGCCUGGAAAUGAGCACUUGCCUAAUACCUUGUAGACUCUGUGUUAAGAUAGUGUGGCACACGGGGCUGCAUGGCCGGGAGGUUCGGUCACCCGAGUCCCCGCCGGCUGCGCCGUGCUGGGGGAGUGCCGUGUGUGGGGCAUGGUUCCUCUGUGUGAACUGUUACUAUUUACCCUACUACUGUAUGCUUAGAUAAUCUAUCAGGAUUUCAAAUAGAAAAGCAGAGUGUGUCCCGCGUGCACAGAGAAGGUAGCAGAGGGCAUUGUCCUGUGCUGCGCUGCUCAGUGCAAGUGUCGGGCUGCACAUCUAGGAAACGAUUCCGCCUCACCAGCCCGGGCGGCCAGUUCAAAAUACGGUCUCAUUUUAUACGACGUUCACGGCCUUGUAAGUAUGAGGUGACUGAUUUACUGAAUUUCUGUGGAAAACUUUAUCAUUUAACAGUCUUUGCAAGUAUAUAUUUUUAAAACAAGUUAAAAAUGUGUUUCAUCUAGGUUUCUUCUUUUUUGCCACUUUGAGUUCAAAUUAAAUAUGUAAAUUUUUUUGUUUUUCUGGCUUCGUGUUCUCUUGAAACAUUGAAUUACAACUAAAUAUAAGGAGCCACAGUUGCAAGUUAAGAAACUACAUAGUGGUCACGUACCUUUGACUAUGCAUAUAUGUUUGAAAUAUGACUUUUUUCUUAUCCAAGUUUUAAAUUUUGAGAGAUUCUCCAAUUGACCAGGGUCUCCAUUUAUCCUAAGAUGCAGCCAAGCAAAAACACAGAACUUUUUUUUUUUUUUUUUUUUGGUACCAGGGAUUGAACUCAUGACUGGGCGCUUGCAAGGCAGGUGCUUAUGCUGCUGAGCUAAUCCUCGGCCCAACAUUUUUAAUCUUUUGCCUUUAAAACACCUGUUUUUAUGUUUUAUAAAAAGAAAAUGUUCUUCCCUAAUUUUGUUCUAUUGCUUGGUCUGGUUACACCGUACUCCUCUCUGAACUGGGCCGAGAAUGUAGCGGGGCUUGGCUAACACCCCGGGUUCAGUCCUAGCACUGCCCCCCAAGAAGCCCUUCUCAAACAUUAAUUUCUUAAAGUAAAAUCAGAUGUAAUCGAGUCCUUGGUUCUUUUUUUGGCUACUGACAAAAUUUUUAUUUUUUGAAAGUUAUGCUACUUUUAAACCACUUAGCAUUGUUUUGUGUGUCUUAAAGUCACUACAGAGAGUCAGUCCUAAAACCCCUCACUUCUAAAGGUCUUAAGGCUUCGCAGCGAGGAUUUGUUACUCGAGUUGUUGUUUGGACAAGCUUGGUGGCGAGCCGGGAGGGUGACGUGGGGCAAUGGGCCUGCGACUAGGCCGUUUUCCCAGGGCUGGGCCGUGGGUCCGUGUGGCAGGUACUGAGACGCAUCUCCCGGCAGCCUCUCCUCCAUCUCGUGUGACUUGGGGAGGGGUCUGUGCCUGCCCCCUAGCACUGCACGGGCUCCAGGGACACGGCCAAGCAGGCUGCGGCGUGUUUCCAUUGAUGCAAUCCAGCAGCCUGAAUCUGCUCUUCAGAAACCUUUUUGGUGGUGAGGAAAGAGAUCAGUGCUCUUUUUCAAGGUCCACGUUGCUAGCCCUUAAUAAUUCAGUUCAUAGGAAAUGAGUAACUUUUUUUUUUUUUUUUUUUUUUUAAGGAAGAGUAACUUUUUAACUGAGCCUUAAGGUACCUCAAGCGUUUCUUCUAUUUCUCUUUUUUCCAGCACUGGGGAUGGAAACCAGAGCCUCACACGUCCUCCGCCCCAGAGCUGCACCCCCAGCCCUUUAUUAAUGUACUUAUUUAUUUUUACUUUGAGGCAGGGUCUCACCAAGUUGUCCAGGCCGGCUUGAACUUGCGAUCUUCCUGCUUCAGCCUCCUGAGUAGCUGAGUUCUGUUUGCAGGCUCUGUCCCCAUCUGACGCUGUGGGGCCCAGACCUCAUUCGGCUCCCUGAGAGUGAUCUGUGGUUUCCCGGAGUUGCCUGUGUCUCUGUCCACAAAUGACAGACUUUGUGACCUCAGUGUUAAGUUUCCUGAAAGACUAAGAAACUUGCUCAUUAUUUGAAAUAAAUGUGCAGAUUUAAAAUCUGUGGAACAUCCUAUAAAUAGGUUAUUGAAUGAGUAUUCUUGUUUUAAUUUAAAAAAUAGUAUUUAUUUAUUGAAAGGAGUCUCGAUGUAGAAUGUCAUUAUAGUAUGUUCUUUAAUAAAUCUGUAAUUGUAUAUAUGAAUAGUUAGGAUAUUAAAAUGUAAUAUUCCCAGUUUUUAUUUAGAUUUAUCCGAGGAGGUGGGAGUUUCCCCCUGUGCAGUAGAACUGCUCUGACAGACGAUCUCAUUUGCUUUCUGGACAAGGGGAGUUUGUGGGGACAGCAAGACAUUUUGGGUUGCUUUGAGAGAAGGAGGUGGUACUGCUUCAUCUGCAGCGUGUUUUAAACAUGGUGACUCUAGUUUGGGGCUGUUUCUUUCUAGUCUUCAUCUCUUCCCCCUAACCCUGGCAGAAGGUCCUCCCUGUCCUCCAGGGCUGUGAAUCGGGAAUGGGCAGAGUUUACAUUUAAGCACGUCAUUGUCUAUCCAGUUUCUUAACUAUACAUUUGUUUUCCUUUUCAAUAAUCUUUGUUCUUAAAAUAGUAGAAGAAAAAGAUCUAGUGCCUUUGAAUUCAUACUGUAGUUCACCUGAUUUAAAUCAUUAAUGACCUUAGUAAAACCACUAAACUACUGUGUACUGGCCAGAUUACAGAUCGUACGAUGGGUUGCUGUGUUAAUUUCCAAAGCCACACUUUGGAGCUUAACUUGUACUUCUUGUAUAAAUUGUACUGUUUAAGGUGGAUAUAUCGGAACUGUGUGUACAUGUGGCAUGGUUAAAUAGGAAAUAAAACCCUGUUACCUGA